CGCUGCUCCCGCGCGCUCCGGCCCCUCCUCGGCCACACAAAGGCCCGUCUCCAUGGCAGCCGCGCGGGCCGGAGCGCAGCGCCGAUCGCGGCCCGGGCGCCAUCGAGCCUCGGCGGCGGACGUGCAGAGAAUCUUGAUGCUGGCCCAGAGCAGACACUGAGCUGGACUACGGGAGCCUCGGGUGCCGGGGGCGAUGUCUCUGCAGCUCUGGGCCCUGGCCCUCCUGGGCCUCGUGGGCACGAGUGCGGGCCUGCGGCCCCGAAAGCUGGACUUCUUCCGAGGCGAGACGGAGCUGAACCACCUGGUUGUGGACGAGGCCUCGGGCGUGGUGUACGUGGGGGCGGUGAACGCGCUCUACCAGCUGAGUGCCAGACUCCAGCUGGAGCAGCAGGCGGCCACGGGCCCGGCGCUGGACAACAAGAAGUGUACACCCCCCAUCGAGGCGAGCCAGUGCCACGAGGCCGUGCUGACCGACAACGUCAACCAGCUGCUGCUGCUCGACCCUCCCGGGAAGCGCCUCAUCGAGUGCGGCAGCCUCUUCAAGGGCAUCUGCGCCCUGCGUGCUCUGAGCAACAUCUCUGUGCGUCUCUUCUACGAGGACGGUAGCGGCGAGAAGUCCUUCGUGGCCAGCAACGACGAGAGCGUGGCCACGGUGGGGCUGGUGAGUGCCACGAGCCCCGGUGGCGAGAGGGUUCUGUUCGUGGGCAAGGGCAACGGGCCCCAUGACAACGGCAUCAUCGUGAGCACCCGCCUGCUGGACCGGACCGAGGGCAGGGAGGCCUUCGAGGCCUACACAGACCACGCCACCUACAAGGCCGGCUACCUGUCCACCAACACGCAGCAGUUCGUGGCCGCCUUCGAGGACGGCCUCUACGUCUUCUUCGUCUUCAACCAGCAGGACAAGCACCCGCCCCGCAACCGCACGCUGCUGGCGCGAAUGUGCAAGCAAGACCCCUUCUACUACUCCUACCUGGAGACAGACCUGCGGUGCCUUGACCCCGCCGACCCCCAGGCCCCGGCCUUCGGCACCUGCUUGGCGGCCUCCGUGGGUGUGCCGAGCGCCGGCAGAGUGCUGUACGCGGUCUUCAGCAGGGACGGCCGGAGCGGCGGGGGACCCCGUGCGGGCCUCUGCCUGUUCCCCCUGGACGAGGUGCACGCCAAGAUGGAGGCCAGCCGCAACGCCUGCUACACGGGCACCCGGGAGGCGGGCCGUGACACCUUCUACAAGCCCUUCCACGGCGAGAUCCAGUGUGGAGGCCACGGGCUGGGCGCCAGUGAGAGCUUCCCGUGUGGCUCUGAGCACCUGCCUUACCCGCUGGGCAGCAGAGACGGACUCACAGCCACAGCCGUGCUGCAGCGUGGAGGCCUGAACCUGACAGCCGUGAUGGUGACCGCGGAGAAUGGCCACACUGUUGCCUUCCUGGGCACCUCGGAUGGCCGGGUCCUCAAGGUGUACCUUGCCCCGGACGGCAGCUCCGCGGAGUACGGUUCCAUCCUCGUGGAGAUCAAUAAGAGGAUCCAGCGGGACCUGGUGCUGUCUGCAGACCUGGCCAGUCUUUACGCUCUGACCCAGGACAAGGUGUUCCGGCUUCCCGUGCAGGAGUGUCUGAGCUACACGACCUGCACGCAGUGCCACAGCUCCCAGGACCCCUACUGCGGCUGGUGUGUCGUCGAGGGCCGAUGCACCAGGAGGGCCGAGUGCCCACGGGCUGAGGAGCACGGCCACUGGCUGUGGAGCCGUGACGAGUCCUGCGUAGCCAUCACUGGGGCUCAGCCACAGAACAUGAGCCGCCGGGCCCAGGGCGAGGUGCAGCUGUCUGUCAGCCCCCUCCCGGCCCUGAGGGAGGACGACGAACUGCUGUGUCUCUUUGGUGACUCACCACCACACCCGGCCCGUGUGGAAGGCGACGCCAUCAUAUGCAACUCCCCGAGUAGCAUUCCUGGCACGCCGCCUGGCCAAGACCACGUGGCCGUAAACAUCCAACUGCUCUUCAGACGCGGCAGCAUCUUCCUCACCUCUCACCUGUAUCCCUUCUAUGACUGCCGGGAGGCCAUGAGCCUGGCCGAAAACCUGCCGUGUAUCUCCUGCUCAAGCAACCGCUGGACCUGCCAGUGGGAUCUGCGCUACCACGAGUGUCGGGAGGCCUCCCCCAACCCCGAGGCUGGCAUCGUCCCCGCCCACAUGGUGAGGCGCUGUGAGCACCUCGCGGGAGCUGGGUGGCCCAGCCACAGCCAGGCAGCACCUGACCAGCCCUGUUCUCUCCAGGAGGACAGCUGCCCCCAGUUCCUGAACCCCAGCCCGCUGGUCAUCCCCAUGAACCACGAGACGGAUGUGACCUUCCAGGGCAAGAACCUGGACACAGUGAAGGGUUCCUCUCUGUACGUGGGUAGUGACCUGCUCAAGUUUGAGGAGCCGGUGAGCACACAGGAACCAGGAACCUUCUUCUUUCGGACACCAAAGCUGUCCCACGACGCCAAUGAGACGCUGCCCUUGCACCUGUACGUCAAGUCCUACGGCAAGAACGUGGAUAGCAAACUCCAGGUCACUCUCUACAACUGUUCCUUUGGCCGGAGCGACUGCAGCCUGUGCCUGGCCGCCGACCCCGUGUACAAGUGUGUGUGGUGUGGCGGGCAGAGCAGGUGCGUGUACGAGGCUCUGUGCAGCAACGCCACCUCCGAGUGCCCGCCGCCCGUCAUCACCAGGAUCCAUCCUGAAACGGGCCCGCUGGGCGGGGGCAUUCGCAUCACUAUCCUUGGGUCCAAUUUGGGGGUCAGAGCGGAUGACGUCAAGAGGAUCACCGUGGCCGAGCAGAACUGCGUCUUUCAGCCAGAGCGCUACUCUGUGUCCACCCGGAUCGUGUGCACUAUCGACGCUGCAAAGACGCCCAUCACGGCCGGUGUCGUCGUGGAUGUCAAUGGGAAGCUUGGUCAUUCGCCGCCCCACGUCCUGUUCACCUACCAGCAGCCCCAGCCCCUCAGUGUGGAACCAAAGCAGGGGCCACAGGCAGGCGGCACCACGCUGACCAUCAAUGGCACCCACCUGGACACAGGCUCUGAGGAAGACGUGCGGGUGACCCUCAAUGACGUCCCUUGUAAAGUGACACAGUUUGGGGCCCAGCUGCAGUGCGUCACUGGCCCGCAGGCAGCUCUGGGGGAGCUGCCCCUAGAGAUUUACUACGGGGGCUCCCGUGUGCCCAGCCCUGGUGUUGUCUUCACCUACCGCGAGAAUCCAGUGCUACGGGCCUUUGAACCGCUGCGAAGCUUCGUCAGCGGUGGCCGUAGCAUCAACGUCACGGGGCAAGGCUUCAGCCUGAUUCAGAGAUUCGCCAUGGUGGUCAUCGCUGAGCCCUUGCAGUCCUGGCGGCGGAGGCGGGAGGCCGGACCUCUGCAGCCCACGACGGUUGUGGGCACGGAGUACAUGUUCCACAACGACUCCAAAGUGGUCUUCCUGUCGCCGGCGGUCCCCGAGGAGCCCGAGGCCUACAAUCUCACGGCGCUCAUCCAGAUGGACGGGCACCGCGCCUUGCUCAGGACCGAGGCCGGUGCCUUUGAGUACGUGGCCGACCCCACCUUUGAGAACUUCACGGGGGGCGUCAAGAAGCAGGUCAACAAGCUCAUCCAUGCCCGGGGCACUAAUCUGAACAAGGCGAUGACGCUUCACGAGGCCGAGGCCUUCGUGGGCGCUGAGCGCUGCGUCAUGAAGACGCUGACCGAGACGGACCUGUACUGCGAGCCCCCCGAGGUGCAGCCCCCGCCCAAGCGGCGGCAGAAGCGAGACACGACACACAACCUGCCUGAGUUCAUCGUGAAGUUUGGCUCCCGAGAGUGGGUGUUGGGCCGUGUGGAGUAUGACACGAGGGUGAGUGAUGUGCCACUCAACCUCAUCCUGCCGCUGGUCAUCGUGCCCAUGGUGGCCGUCAUCGUCGUGUCCGUCUACUGCUACUGGAGGAAGAGCCAACAGGCAGAGCGCGAGUACGAGAAGAUCAAGUCCCAGCUGGAGGGCCUGGAGGAGAGCGUGCGGGACCGUUGUAAGAAGGAGUUCACAGACCUGAUGAUCGAGAUGGAGGACCAGACCAACGACGUGCAUGAGGCGGGCAUCCCCGUGCUGGACUACAAGACCUACACCGACCGCGUCUUCUUCCUGCCCUCCAAGGACGGCGACAAGGACGUGAUGAUCACGGGCAGGCUGGACAUCCCGGAGUCACGGCGCCCAGUGGUGGAGCAGGCCCUCUACCAGUUCUCCAACCUGCUAAACAGCAAGUCCUUCCUGGUCACUUUCAUCCACACCCUGGAGAGCCAGCGGGAGUUCUCAGCCCGCGCCAAGGUCUAUUUCGCGUCCCUGCUGACGGUGGCGCUGCACGGGAAGCUGGAGUACUACACGGACAUCAUGCGCACACUGUUCCUGGAGCUCAUGGAGCAGUACGUGGUGGCCAAGAACCCCAAGCUGAUGCUGCGCAGGUCCGAGACGGUGGUGGAAAGGAUGCUGUCCAAUUGGAUGUCUAUCUGCCUAUACCAGUACCUCAAGGACAGUGCCGGCGAGCCCCUGUAUAAGCUUUUCAAGGCCAUCAAGCAUCAGGUGGAGAAGGGGCCAGUGGACGCUGUGCAGAAGAAGGCCAAAUACACCCUCAACGAUACGGGGCUGCUGGGGGAUGAUGUGGAGUAUGCGCCCCUGACGGUGAGCGUGAUCGUUCAGGACGAAGGCGCCGAUGCUGUCCCGGUAAAGGUCCUCAACUGUGACACCAUCUCCCAGGUCAAGGAGAAGAUCAUCGAUCAGGUGUACCGUACGCAGCCUUGCUCUCGCUGGCCUAAGGCUGACAGCGUGGUCCUCGAGUGGCGUCCUGGGUCCACAGCCCAGAUCCUGUCAGACCUGGACCUGACCUCUCAGCGGGAGGGCCGGUGGAAGCGUGUCAACACCCUGAUGCACUACAACGUCCGGGAUGGAGCCACUCUCAUCCUGUCCACGGUGGGAGUCUCCCAACAGCCUGAGGACAGCCAGCCGGAUCUACCCGGAGAGCGCCAUGCCCUCCUGGAGGAGGAGAACCGUGUGUGGCACCUGGUGCGGCCAGCGGAGGAGGUGGACGAGGGCAAGUCCAAGCGGGGCAGCGUGAAGGAGAAGGAACGCACCAAGGCCAUCACAGAGAUAUACUUGACGCGCCUGCUCUCUGUCAAGGGCACGCUGCAGCAGUUUGUGGACAACUUCUUCCAGAGCGUUCUGGCACCUGGGCAUGCGGUGCCGCCCGCUGUUAAGUAUUUCUUCGACUUUCUGGACGAGCAGGCCGAGAAACAUGACAUUAAGGAUGAGGACACCAUCCACAUCUGGAAGACCAACAGUUUACCACUGCGGUUCUGGGUGAACAUUCUCAAGAACCCCCAUUUCAUCUUUGACGUGCAUGUUCAUGAGGUGGUGGACGCUUCCCUGUCAGUCAUCGCUCAGACCUUCAUGGACGCCUGCACACGCACAGAGCACAAGCUGAGCCGCGACUCUCCCAGCAACAAGCUCCUCUACGCCAAGGAGAUCUCCACCUACAAGAAAAUGGUGGAGGAUUAUUACAAGGGCAUCAGGCAGAUGGUGCAGGUCAGCGACCAGGACAUGAACACACACUUGGCGGAGAUUUCUCGGGCACACACAGACUCGCUGAACACCCUCGUGGCCCUGCACCAGCUCUACCAGUACACGCAGAAGUACUAUGACGAGAUCAUCAACGCCCUGGAGGAGGACCCUGCCGCCCAGAAGAUGCAGCUGGCUUUCCGCCUCCAGCAGAUCGCGGCUGCGCUGGAGAACAAAGUCACAGAUCUCUGACCUCUGGCCUCUGCCACCACUGACUCUGGGCACAGGUGCGUGAUGCUCCGUGUCAGGCGUCGGGCAGCCCCUGAGAAACGAGGCCGAGUGGUGAGGCCCUUACCCUUCACCAGCAGGGGAAGAGCCCCGGGCAUCCGCGUGUGGGUGCAGCGGGGGAGCCCCCACCUCCGCGUCUGUAGCAUCUAUCUCCUGAGCAAUAGUGCCGUGCGCCCUCCGGCGCCAGCUCCCGCAGAACCAGCAUCAGAUGUCUGUGUCACAUCUCCCGCGCGAUUCGCAAAUGUGCCUUACGCCCCUGGCGCCGCGCCAGGUUGCUGGGGGCAGUGGGGCCUCAGCUCCCCCUGUCUGAACACCAGCAGCCACCUCAGACUCCUGGGUUUGGCCUCUUCGGGUGGGGUCUGCUUGCCUGUGGCCCGCAGGGCCUCGCGCCCAGACUGUGUCUGUCUGCCCCGACGGGACUGGAGGAGAACAACGGUACGAAGCCUUCCUGACCUCACGUGGCCUGCCCUGCGGGGCGCUGGCACUCCGGGUGGACUCCGUGCCCUGGGCCCCACCUCAAAGGUCAAGCUGGACGUCAGACGUCGAGGCCCAGGUGGCCAGAGGGGACCCAGAAGACUGGGCCGUGCUGGAGGCCCUGCCCAGGUCGGAGGGGUCUGGCAGCAGCUCUGCCGGGACCACCCUCACCCCUACCCCCUUUUGUAAAUCUUGUUCAUUGUAAAUCAAAUACACCUGUCUUUUUCACUCUG